CUUGCUAGUGACAAGCCUCGGCGAGCACGAACAUGGCGCUCGGAGCGAUGUAACGGAGGCGCCGGGGCGGCCGGAGCUCGCUUGACAACCAGCCGGCAGCCUUUAGAUGCAACAGCUGUAGAGGGGAUUCCACAUGGAUGUAGGAGAUAAGGACCAGGAAUCUUGAAAUACUUAACUUUUUGUUUACAAGUCAGCAACCUUAAAGCAGAUGAAGGGGAGGAAAAUUAGAGCCUGUAGCACUCAUCUGGUGUAUUGAGCAGAGGCCACAGAGAGAAUACUUGGAAGCAAGAGAUGUUCAGAAAUGGUUGCCCCCCAGAUUGUUCUGUGCUUGGAUGCUGUUGCUCUUUGGGAGAUGUUUCUCAUGGGCCAACCUUCCCGAGAAACCCUGCUGUGCUGUGGUGUGACCAGUGAAGGCAUUUUCGACAAUAAACAAGGUUUUUCCACCAUGUUUGGAAAGAAAAAGAAAAAGCUUGAAAUUUCCGGCCCUUCAAAUUUUGAACACAGGGUACACACUGGAUUUGAUCACAGAGAACAGAAGUUCACCGGACUACCUCAACAGUGGCAUAGUUUGCUAGCGGACACAGCAAACAGGCCGAAGCCUAUGGUGGAUCCUUCAUGCAUUACCCCAAUCCAACUUGCUCCAAUGAAGACCAUCGUUAGAGGAAAUAAACCUUGCAAGGAUACUUCAAUCAAUGGAUUGCUCGAAGAAUUCGACAAUAUCUCCGUGACACGUUCCAACUCACUCCGGAAGGAGAGCCCUCCCACCCCUCGCCUGGGACAUGCCAAUCAUAUCGAAAUUCACCAGCAGGAAAAUGGCUACAUCACGUAUUCUCAGUAUUCGAGUGAGUCGGAGACCGCUACGGACUUCCUUGCCGAAAAGUACAGAGAUAAGAGCAUUCAUGGGGAAGAGUUGGACAGAUAUUCCAGGGGCAGCUGUGCUGCUAAGCAAAAUGGGCACAUGGCGAAAGUGAAAGCCAGCGAAAUGUACUUUUCGGAAGCUAAGCCCCUGAAGUCUGAUAUCUCUAGGUUCUUGCCAGAUUACCAUGCUCACAUGGAAACGAAAAGCAAACUGAAUGAGUAUGGUGGCUUGAAGCUGGAAUAUCAGAGGGCUCCUAGCGGAUCGUCCCUGGAUUAUAAAGAAACUUUUCAUUUCACUCCUUCUAGGACUUCCGUUCACAGUCAUUGCUCAGGAGAGAGACUAGAGUACAGUGACAGCGACUGGGCCAAGGAUGAUUAUGACAAAAGGCCAAAGUCGUCCUAUGUAAACCAGACAAGCCCUCAACCUGCCAUGAGACAGAGGUCCAGGUCAGGCUCUGGUCUCCAAGAGCCAAUCAUGCCCUAUGGAGCAAGUGCUUUUAAGUCCCAUCAGCAAGGCCAUUCGUAUAGCUCAUAUACCUACCCUCGAUUAUCAGAAACCGCAGCAGGCAUUCCAAAGCUGGAUUAUGAUCGAGCACAGAUGGUUGUAAGCCCACCGCUGUCUGGGUCAGACACUUACCCUCGAGGCCCAACCAAGCUACCUCAAAGUCAAAGCAAAGUCACGUAUUCAGGCAGUGGCUACCAGUACCCAGCAGUCUAUCACAAAUUCUCCCACUAUCACCACCAGCCUUCUCUCCAGCCAAGCUCACAUUACAUUUCCACAGCUUCUUACCCAAGCUCCCCAAGCAUCACUUCAAGUGCUUAUCCUCCACCAAGCUGGGGCUCUUCCUCAGACCAACAGCCCUCCCGGGUCUCUCACGAGCAGUUCCGAGCGGCCUUGCAGCUGGUGGUGAGCCCUGGUGACCCUCGGGAGUACUUGGACAACUUCAUCAAAAUUGGGGAAGGCUCCACUGGUAUCGUUUGCAUUGCCACAGAGAAGCACACGGGGAAGCAAGUUGCAGUGAAGAAGAUGGAUCUCAGGAAGCAGCAAAGGAGGGAACUGCUCUUCAACGAGGUUGUAAUAAUGAGAGACUAUCAUCACGAGAACGUGGUCGACAUGUACAACAGCUACCUUGUGGGAGAUGAGCUGUGGGUUGUUAUGGAGUUUUUGGAAGGUGGUGCUUUGACCGACAUAGUGACUCACACCAGAAUGAACGAAGAACAGAUUGCUACUGUCUGUCUGUCUGUCCUAAGAGCACUGUCCUAUCUGCACAACCAAGGAGUCAUUCACCGGGAUAUAAAGAGCGACUCUAUACUUCUCACAAGUGAUGGGCGAAUAAAAUUGUCAGAUUUUGGAUUCUGUGCCCAGGUUUCAAAAGAUGUUCCGAAACGUAAAUCACUUGUUGGAACCCCCUACUGGAUGGCACCUGAAGUGAUCUCCAGACUGCCUUAUGGAACAGAGGUGGAUAUCUGGUCCCUCGGUAUCAUGGUCAUAGAGAUGAUUGAUGGAGAGCCGCCUUAUUUCAAUGAGCCACCUCUCCAGGCAAUGCGCAGGAUCCGAGACAAUUUACCACCAAGGGUGAAGGAUCUACACAAGGUUUCCUCAGUACUCCGUGGCUUCUUAGACUUGAUGUUGGUGAGGGAGCCUUCCCAGAGAGGAACAGCACAGGAACUGUUGAGACACCCAUUUCUGAAACUGGCUGGGCCUCCUUCUUGCAUAGUGCCUCUCAUGAGGCAAUACAGGCAUCACUAAAUCCAGUAGGGUUCCCCCCUCGCUUUUUGUUUCUUCUGGAGGAGCUGGAUGAAAUCUGGCAAGUAAGCUGAAGGCACCUCUGUUGAGCUACCACUGCUGGCACACGAUGAAGGAGACUUCUCUGAGUUUAUGAAGAUACUUUUUUCCCUUUGCUUGGUAACCAGGCAUGUUGACAGUUAAUACUCCUGUGUGGGAUGCACCUUUCACAAUCCAUCGGUGUCGUUAGUCUGUCAACUAUCGAAGCAGAAGGACGUUACUUGUAGCACAACCCAGAUGGAGCAUCCAUUUUUUAUUUGAAACCGAAGCAAGGCGGCACUUCUACUUCAGAAGGACUUUUUUCCUGACAAAAACGAACAAGCACUUUUUAUCUCAGUUGUAGCAAUGUGACGUAUUUUGAAAUGAAUUUGUAAUUUUCUGUAUAUUGCUUUUGAUAAUUUACAGUACUUUGAUGUCAUAGCGGUCGUGCUGGUAGAGGUGGUAGAUGUAAGUUAAUAAGCAUUUGAGCCAGAUCUUUCCUACUUUUCUAUCCCUUUUGAUGAGAAAGGAACACACACACACACACACACACACUUUAACAGCUCAGAAUGUUGACAAGAACUUUUCAUCUGUGUUAGUCAAAUGUACAUCUUCAUUUUGCAAACAUUCAACUUGCUGAGCAAUACAAGAUACUUUUUCUCCCCUUGGAAAUAAUGUGUAAAGAUUUCAGUAUUGGCCAGAAGCAAUGAGUAUCUUACAGAAUACACAGGACCUUAUGCCAAGGGCUGAAUUGCAUAUUUAUAUUUAUCAUGUCAAACUGACAGCUAUUGUGUGGCGGUAUAUCAAAUCAUCAGUGGCCACAGAAAGUGUCCAGAUAGAGAUUUGCUUGCCAAGAGGUAAGCUUUCCAGUUGUGAAAAUAUUUCAAUUGCAAAGGCUGCAGUUGAGUGACAUAUGCCACUUAUGACAUAUGCCUAUAGCUGGAUGCUGAUUUUGCUUAUGCUCAAACUCCCGCAGCCCUGCCAUUGCCUUUGUUUCAGACAGGCCUGCACAAUUUGUGAACACCAAACUAAACACACACCCCUGCAGUCACCUGCUGUGGCCUGCCAACAGCUCAGCAUACCACCUUAACCAUGCUUGGCCUGCAGAAACAGAAGGCUACAGCACACAUAACAAGCCACAAUGCACAGCUAGCAAGCUGUGUCCCUUUUGGUGAGUUGCACAGAUGUUGUGCAGGCCUGGUUGUGUGCAGCUUGUAGUGUAGCAGCAGGAGUCUUGGGGCUGUACCCAAUGAAGUCAUCCCAUUCAUGCAAAGACUCCCCGUUUGGGCAACUGAACUCUUCUUCUUCUCCUCUCCCACCUCCCCACUGCACCCCAGUAAAUCUCCCCUAGAGUGUUGGGGGGAGGGACCAAACCAGAUGUUGGGGGAGAUCCACAGGAGAACAGAGAGAAGGAAAGUGUUAUUGCAGAAGUGGAAGACCUCACAUGGAUGGGACAACUUCAUUUUUUGAGUGAAAAAAGUAAACAAAAGAAUCCCAUUGACCAUCCAGUUUCACAUCCUCCUUUACAGGGCAACAUAUGAUGUGCCUGGGGACCCAUGUCAUCUGGAGAAAAAAAAACUUAGUGACUGGGCUCAGCUAGCAAUGUGGGCGAUUCUUUGUUUUAGUCUGUGUUGACUCCAGUGUCACAAUAUUCGUAUUCAUUAUUUAGAGUCACGCUUUGGGAGUCAAACACCAACCUCAAGAUGUCCAGCAAGUGACAGGGCAUUUCCCAAGUUGAAAUCCAAGUGUUUGUAAGAUUCCAGUCGACAUGUUCACCAUUCAGGGGGAAAUGCUGUGUAGACCCUAUUGGAAUGUGAAUUCAGCAGUGACUACUACAACCAAUUUUGUGUUGCUUGUUGAAUAUAUUUGCAUGUUUACCAUAGACCUAUAGCGCGUUGCCUUUAUAAGUGCUUCAUAAUUAUUUCCAUGAUGGAGGGGGUUUAUUUAUUAAUGAUUUUUUAAAAAUUAUGCACAAUAUGAAAGCCAUGUAUUUUCCAACUUUUUUUUGUUAUUACUGACUUCACUUGAAAAAAAUUAUCUGACCCAAAAUCUAACAUAUCUGGUUAGAACGUUUUGCAUUACGAAGGGUGUUUCUCCCCCCUCAACACAAAUAAGUUGGUCAUUCCCUAUUGUAAUAAAUGAGAAGCAAAACAAUAA